AAGUAACAAAUUUUUUGGCCAAAUGUCUUGUUACCAAACCAUAAAAGUAUUAAAAAAUAUAUGUAACCUAUAAUUUCCUUUAAUUUUAAUGAAACAAGAUCUUGAAAAGAAACAUUAUUAACUGUCUGUCUUCUAAAAUAUAUCAUUGAACCAGAAUAUUUUAAGUAUAAUGGCGGAGGAAAUACAAAGAAAAUUACAAAAAGAGUUAGAAGUUUUGAGUGGAGUGCAAAAGGAAUAUCAUAAGGCCAUGGCUCAAAAACAACAGUUAGAUAGUCAAUUGAAUGAAAAUAAAGCUGUAAAAGAAGAACUGAUGUUGCUGAAAAAAGAUGCUGAAGUGUUUAAACUCAUUGGUCCAGUAUUAGUAAAACAAGAUUUAGAAGAUGCCAGGCAAAAUGUUGCAAAGCGCAUGGAAUACAUAAACAAAGAAAUCAAAAGAACAGAUACUCAUAUAUCGGGACUAGAAAAUAAACAAGAGUCAUUGCAAGAAAAUCUGAACAAAUUAAAAAAUGAUCUCGGGAAACUUAAAAUUAAAGCUUAAUAUCAUAUUAGUCACUGC